AUGGACUUAUCUACCCUCGAAAGUUCGAUUGCCAAUGAAGCUUUCUCAAAGUGGAAGCAGUUGGCUUCAGAGGAAGUAUCUGCUAAAAGUGAAAAGAAGUUACUUCAUUUGUUAAUCAAAAAAUCUUUUGGGUUUGAUACUGCUGUAGAGGAAGCUCAAAGAGCAAUAAAUGUUGCACAUGUGGAAGUGGAAAGUGUUGAAAAUGGAGUUGGAAUAGUCAAACUUAUGGGUUGAUAUAGUGGAUUCAUUGCCAUGUUUGCCAUGUUGGCAAGGCGAGAUGUGGAUUAUUGCUUGAUUCCAGAGUCUCCAUUCUAUCUAGAAGGGCAAGGUGGUCUUUUUGAGUUCAUUCAACAUAGACUUAAAGAGAAUGGGCAUGUGGUGAUUGUGUUGGCUGAAGGAGCAGACCAAUAAUAUGUUUCUGAAAGUGUGAAUGUAGUUGAAGAGAGAGAUGCAUCUGGAAAUAAACUGCUUAUUGAUAUUGGUCAAUGGUUGAUCCAGAAAAUUAAAAACCAUUUUGCAAUAGUCAAGAGAAUGGCCAUAAACAUGAAAUAUAUUGAUCCAACAUACAUCAUACAGGCUGUUCCAAGCAAUGCAUAUGAUAACAUCUACUGUACACUUCUUGCUCAAAGUGCAAUUCAUGGGGCCAUGGCAGGGUUUUCUGGUUUUAUAGUUGGACCUGUCAAUAACAGACAUGCGUAUAUUCCAAUACAGCGUGUUACCGAGGCUACAAAUGUUGUUAAGUUGACAGAUAGGAUGUGGGCUAGACUUUUGGCUUCUACUAAUCAGCUGAUAUGUCCAUAG